AUGAAAGGAAGGUACGUCAAGUACCCAGAGUACGAGCGCACGCACCCUCAGCAAGCUGAGCAAAGAAAAUCCAUCUGUGGUGCUAAAUCCAUCGUCGGAUUAACGGAGUUCUCGUUCAAAGAUCGACCCAGGACGACCUUUGAGAAUGCUGAUAAGAGGCACGCUGUCUUCAUAGAUUGCUAUGCAGUAAGUUACUGGAUGCCCCUUAAACGUUUAUUAUUCGAUCUUCCAGACCUAUGUAUCAACGAGGCCUUUAAUGAGCAUUGGUUAGAAGAUGAAGCACCGAGGGCUGACCCGGCUGAGGGUGUUCAGGCAUGGCCACAUAGCGAUACAAGAUGCGAGACCCGAGCCUUGAGUAGACAUGGAGCACAGAGGAGUGUUAAGGUUUAA